CUUUCACUGCCUCGUGUACCACUUAAUGGUUUUCUCAGGAGUUGCCCAUUACUUCUCAAAAACCAACAACUUUAGCAGUUCCACCACCAUCUUUAGGAAUAAAUGCAACACAAAUGACAUCGAUAUUGCCUGGCAGUAUUGAUGCUCCUUCAACUGAGAAUACAACUACUUUACCUCAACACAUUCAAGAAAGGGUUUCUAAGAGUUUGAGAGACCGAAAGUCUCGUCAAAAGGCUAAGAAAGAAAUCAUGAUUACUGUGUUGGACUAUGCUGGUCAGAAUGUGUUCUAUGUCACACAUCAUUUGAUCAUGUCAAAAGCUGAUUUUAUGUACAUCGUGUUUAAUGCUUCUCUACCAAUGGACGGCAAGACUCCAUGUCAGUUUCGCUCAGAAGAUGGACAAAUUAUCGACAUUCCUUUGUUUGAUAACGAAACAAACUUUGAUCGAUUGGAAGAGUGGGUAUCAGGUGCUCAUAUCAUGGAAGGUGAUCAGUCACGUCGUUUCAUGAUAUUAGAGAAAGUAGAAAUCAGAUCACCUGCCAUGUUUCUAGUAGGAACGCAUGCUGAUGAGCUAAAGGAGCAACCAGGGAUGAUGGAGAAACUGGAGGGCACAGUGCUGGCAGAGCAUAUCAUAUGGGCAUCUAAAGAUGUAAUGUGUUUCUAUGUGGAUAACACAGUGACAGAUCCAGACAGUGGAGUCGUAGAUCCACAGGUGAAAUUACUUCGUCAGAAGACAGAGGAUGUGGCUCACAAGGUGGCCCAAUAUCACAGAUUGCCCAUCAGAUGGCUCAAGUAUGAGCAGAAGGUACGAGAAGUGAAAGUCUCCUCUCCAACAAAGAAGAUGACAACUGUUGAUGAAUUACUGCAGCUUGCCAUGAAUGCUGCUGGAAUCAAAAGUCGAGAGGAGCUGUUGGUGUUGCUGCAGUAUUUGAGUAGUCGUGCAGUGUUGAUGUAUCAUCCCAUGGCAUUGAAGUGUGGAGAUGAUCAAGAAGCCGUGUUGGAUGUGGAAUGGUUUGUAUCACAGCUGCAGAAAGUGAUCACGAUAUACAUGGAAGGUGAUGUUCCUCCCAUGUUAUGGGAUGAUGUAAAAUGCAGCAAAGAGAAAGGCAUCAUGACAAUGUCUCUUGUGAGACAUCUUUUAUCAGAUGCCGGUUCUGCUCAACGUCUCAUUGUGUUAUUAAUGGCACACUAUGAUUUGCUGUGUGAGUAUUCUGUUUUGGAAGAGGAGAAUCUGAACACAGCAAGUGAUUACCAGGAUUUUCUCACUCUGGAAGGAGAAGGAGGUGAAUCACAUUGUGAAGUCAAACGAGACGUGUUUGAGAGUAAAGCUUGCUUCAUUCCUUGUCUUCUGGAGCAUGCAGUUGGUCUUGAAUCAGAUAGGAUGAAUGAUGAGCUGAAGUCAUUGCCCCUCAUCUUCUCAUCUGCUUCCAUCCGCAUUCUUCAGCCAUUAUUCUACAGAGUACUGACUCUUCUCUGUAAACGUUUUCGUCGCUUGGCAGUUAUUUAUCGCAAUGUGGGCUACUUCCACAUCUAUCCUGGUCAUCGACUGGAGUUUGCUCUUAACAGAUACAACUUUCAAAUGACUGUGUUGUCACAUUCAGCACUCAAUGCCAAGGUGUGUGUUGCUGUUCGUGAGUGGAUGGUGGAUGUUGUCAACGAGGCGAAACAGCAAGGAAUGGCAGGUCUGAAGUUGCAUCUGGGAUUUAUGUAUGAAGCAUCGAUUUCAGAAUCACAAAGUUGUACAGUUGAGUUCAUCUCUUUGGAUGGAUAUCAACAAUCUUGUUUUGAGCUCUACAGCAGUGUGACAAAAGAUGAAAUUCAACCUCCUGACAGACUUUCCCUUUGGUAUCCACAACUCGAAUGCUCUCAAUCUGAAAUAAUGUCAACAGCUUGUGCUUCUCGAAUAUCACAUGAUACUGUAAGCUAUGAUACACCAGUGGAGUCUCUCAUUGAUGAACCAACUGCAAAUUGCUUGCUAGAAGUGUCCAAACUUCUAGAUGAAGAUGAUGAUUUAGGAGACGACUGGAGGAGGUUAUGGUCUGAACUGUUAAACAGACCUCUUAAUGAAGACGUGGUGAGGAAGAGAAGUGAGGGUCCAACUCUUUUUCUGCUAAAGCGAUGGUGCAGCAUGAAACCUCCCAGUGAAGCUACAAUAGGACGGCUGAUGAAGGCUCUCAAUGCAAUAUACAGAAAUAAUGUUGCUCGUGUACUACAAAGACACAUAGAUAUACCACAGCAAGAUGUGACACCCGAGGAGUUAAAUCAUCUUGUUGACAAGAUAGAAGGAUGUUGGCAAGAGUUUGCUUCAGUUCUUGCACCCAACCUGUUUGAAGUUACAGGAAAAAUUGCUGCCAUAAAACAAGAUUAUCCUACUUCUGCACUUCAAGCUAAAGCGAUGUUGGAAAUUUGGCAUAACCAACUUGGUGCUAAACCCCAGCGACAUUUACUUAUUGGUGCAUUAAUUCAACGAGGACUAAGAUCUCAGGCAGAUGCUGUGUUUGGAGUAGAAGUUGUGAAGGAGAUGUUGAAAGGUACAAGAACAAGUGGCAGGACAGACUGAUGAGACUAGACAAGAGCAUCUGCAUACAUUCAGUGACGAGACAACAUAGGAUCUGUUGUUCAUAGCUUGACAUAUGACGGGCUUCAUUCAAGUCUUGAUACCAAGAAUUCAAGUCUUGAACAGCAAGAUUCUAUAGCUCUAAUGAAUUUAGAUAAAAAACGACUGUUGUAUGUGUCAAUAUUAUA